AAGGCUACAACUUUAUCAUUAAUUUAAUGGUGAAAUGUCACAUGCCCUCACGUGUCUGUUAACCUCCAUCCAAACUUGUCGUAUCACUUCACAUGUAUCAAUUUUAAUCCACAAACAGUUACUAGUUCCACGAGAAUGAGUUCCUCGGUUUCUCUCAACCCACCGCUGUCUGUGCCGAGCAUCCCACCCCCUCCUCCGCCACCGCCGCCUAAUAUUCUUGCAACUCCUCCUGAUCCUCCCAACCCAAUCGACCAACCCCGCGGAGAUACACCCCCACCUAAAUCGUUUCGUGACACCCUUAUUACUGGUAAUUCAUCUGUCACUCCGCCUCUGGUGACAUAUGAAGAGCUAGUUGCUGCAAAUCCUGAGUCUCCGAUGAUAGAUGAUGGAGCAGAACCGUCGCAAACAAAGGUCCCUAAAGUCAGGAUUCCCAAGUCUAUUUGGCAGCGGCUAUGUGCCCCAUGGAAGAACGCAGUAAUAAUCAAGCUUUUGGGAAAAUCCAUCAAUUUCCAUGUUCUCCAUUCCAGAUUACUCAAAGAAUGGCGAACGGAGCAUGAGUUUGAGGUCAUUGAUGUGGGUAUGGGCUACUUUAUAGUGCGUUUUGUUACACCAGAAGAUUGCUCUCGGGUUUUGACAGGAGGUCCUUAUAAAUUCUUUGAUCAUUACUUGGCUGUGCAGCCAUGGGAGCCAAGUUUUCACCCAGCUACAGCAAAAGCCCCCAAAACUGCUGUGUGGGUUAAGUUUCAUGGUGUGCCCAGUAUGUGCUAUCAGGAGGCCAUUGUGCUAUAUCUUGCUAGUAAACUCGGCAAGCCAAUUAAGGUGGACAGCGUCACUCUGUUAGGGACCAGAGAGAAGUUUGCUCGUGUCUGCGUUGAGGUGGAUCUCAGUCAAAAAUUGCCAUCCUCAGUGGACUUAGAUUUGGAGGAUUUGCCUCAAAUUCUCAUUCCAGUUGAAUAUGAAAGUCUACAUAAGAUCUGCUUCCACUGUGGUGAGUUUGGGCACACGGAGGACUCCUGCCGUUACAAGAAUCCUGAGAAGUCAACAAUUGUGGGAAACCCAAGCACUCGAGCCAUGACAGAGCUCACUCAAGCUUUAAAGCCAGAAAUGGUGGAGAAUAAUAUGGUUUUUGGCCCAUGGAUGGUGCAGCAGCGUAAGUCACGGCGACGAAGUCAGGCUAAUUUCAGCCAUUCUCAGGCUACUAACAAAAGCCACAUUCGAUCACCGGAGGUCCCAGCCGUUACGGAAGCAGGAAUCUCGGCAAAAACUGUGGCAGUUACUAAACGUGAUAGGCGUUAUGGGGAUUCUAAUUCGCAGCAAAACCGGUUUGAGGUAUUUGCAGAGGUGAUGGAUAAGGAAACGGAUCUUUUACAUGCCCUUAAUGGUCCGCAUGUUUUGGCAGGAGAAUCUUCGAAAGUAAAUGAGGUCGUGGCGCCCAUGGACGCAGCUCCCACCCCUAUUCUUGAGACACGUAAAACUACACAAACCCAAAAUGGUUCCCAUCAGACAGUGGGACCAACUCCUCCUCCAGCUCCGUCAACGAUGUUUGUCAAGCCCAACGCCAAACCUUCCAAGAGGAAGGGUAAGACUUUAGGCCCAAUACCUAAGGACACCAAAAUCUCCACUCCCAAACCUUAUGAAUUGCCUCCUGCACUCAAGAAACAUCUACCUCACACGACACAGAUGCUGCCUUCAAUCCAAUCAAUCGUACAAAGCUCGUCAGGGGAUUCUGUCUCCUUGGUCGCUCAUCCAUCCAUGUCUUCACCACUUAUGCCAUAUCACUUCUCCAUUGGAGUCCUCUCUCUCGCCGCAGCAUGUCGGUCAAGUGCACAUUCUGGCUGUUUCUCCAACCACGGCCGUCCCAUCCUCAACCUUUUCCCAAUGAAAGUUGUCACUUGGAAUAGCAGAGGGGUCAAGAAUGGCCCUUUUCGAAGAGAAUGUAAAGAGCUCAUUAAGAUGCAGCGUCCUGAUAUAAUUUGUUUUCUUGAGACUAAAGCGGAUUCAUCGACAACUGCUCUAAAUUUCAUGAGGCGUUUUGGUUUUGAUAGGGACCAUCAGGUUUUCUCACAAGGCAUGGCUGGUGGUAUUUGGUUAUUCUGGCGCUCAUCUACAGUGUGCUUGGAUGUUUUACAUAGUUCUUCCCAACUUAUUCAUUGUGUUGUCUCUCAACAGCAAGUAACUUGUUUGCUUACUUUUGUCUAUGUUCAGCCUCAUGUUUCUCAAAAAGACAUAUUCUGGUGUCAGUUAAGGGAGAUCGCCUCACAAAUUACCGAAAAUUGGAUAGUGAUGGGUGACUUCAAUGAUAUUCUAUCAGUUGACGAAGCUUCUCCUUGUGCAAUAAGGAGCUUUGCUCAUACCCAACGCUUUCGAGACAGAGUUUCAAGUUGUGGCUUACACUCCACUGAUUCACUGGGUUGCAGGUUCACUUGGGUUCGUAAACAACACGGUAGAGUACUAUUGCGGGAAAGGUUGGAUAGAGCACUUUUCAACCUUUUAGCCCUUGAAUCUUUUGCGGAUGCUAAGGUGAUUAAUCUCCCACGGCUAUGCAGCGACCAUCAUCCAGUCCUACUUUGCUUGGAUUCUCCCCCCUUAUUAUGUAAGGCAUCUAAACCCUUACGUUUUGAAGCUGCUUGGUUAACCCAUGAUGAUUUUGGUCAGGUUUUUAUAAAUGCUUGGGCUGCACAUGGAUCCUCAAUUGUAAAUGCCAUAAAUUCUGUGCAAAAGAAAUGUUUGAAAUGGAACAAGGAGGUGUUUGGUGAUCUCUUUCGCAGGAAAAGGCAUUUAAAGGGCCGUCUGGUGGGUAUCCAGAAUUCUAUUCAUUAUCCUUCUUCUAGAUUCUUGCAGAAUCUGGAGUAUGAGUUAUUAACAGAGUAUCAUCGUGUUCUUCAUUCGGAAGAGUUGUUUUGGUGUCAAAAGUCACGUGUGGAAUGGAUUGCUUCAGGUGACAGAAACACUAGCUUCUAUCAUGCAACCACUGUAAUUCGGAGGAGUCGAAAUAGAAUUUCGGCCUUGAAAAUUGACGGAAGCUGGGUACAAGAUCCUUCUAUUUUACAACAACACAUUCGAGAUUUCUUUGUAGAGGUUUUCUCGAGGAAGCCUACUCAGUCUUCUCAUUUGGAUUAUUCUGCUUUUCAACCAAGGCUAUCCGAUGAGGAGAGUGCUGCUCUUUUAUUGCCUGUGUCCCUAGAUGAAGUUCGAUCUGCACUCUUCUCUAUGAAAGCCCUUAAAAGCCCGGGUCCCGAUGGUAUUCAGCCUAUCUUUUACCAAAAGCAUUGGGAGGUAGUUUCUGAUACUUUGCUGACUUUCAUCAAUCGUUCUCUCUUAGAUGGCUACUUUGAACUUUCGUUGCUUCGGGCUUACAUAGUUCUCAUACCGAAGGGUGAAAAUGCUGAUGUUAUUCAAAAAUUUCGUCUUAUUUGUUUAUUGAAUGUGGCUUAUAAGGUGCUUGCCAAGGUUAUUGUGAACAGAUUAAGGCCCUUAUUACAACACUUAAUUGGGCCUUUUCAAAGUAGUUUUCUUCCAGGAAGAAGCACUGCAGAUAAUAUCCUCCUCACUCAGGAAGCUGUCCAUUCAAUGUGUAGGUCAAGAGGUAAAAAGGGUGCUCUUGCAUUCAAAAUUGAUCUUCAUAAGGCCUUUGAUAGUGUUGAUUGGGAUUUUCUUCGUUUAGUUCUGGAAGAUUUUAAUUUUCCAACUCCCCUCAUCCGAUUGAUUAUGUUCUCAGUAUGCUCUUUGCAACUAAGUGUUCUCUGGAAUGGGGAAGAGUUACCUCCCUUUCAACCACAGCGAGGAUUACGCCAAGGUGACCCUCUAUCCCCCUAUCUUUUUAUUAUGGUUAUGGAGAAGCUCUCUCACAUAAUUCAAAGCCGUGUGCAAUCCCGGAUAUGGCGACCAUUCAAAAUCUCUAGAGGAGGAUUAGAGCUUUCACAUCUCUUUUUUGCCGAUGAUCUCAUGCUUUUUUGUACAGCAACUCAAAAUCAAGUGGAAGUGGUCAUGGACUGUAUAAGAGAAUUCUCAAUGGAAUCUGGGUUAGACAUUAAUUUAGCUAAAUCUAAGCUUUAUGUCUCGCAGAAUGUACAAAGGCAUGUAGCAACGUCUCUCAGUAAUGGUUGUGGAAUUCCUUUAACAAGUGAUCUGGGAAUGUACUUGGGAGUUCGCAUUUUACAUGGAAGGCAAACAAAAGAUACUUAUAAGCACUUACUCGAGAAAAUCCAAGUAAAGCUAUCCAGCUGGAAACAGAAAAUGUUGAGCAUGGCAGGGAGAAGGGUUCUGGUUCAAUCAGUUACUUCUGCAAUACCUACAUACACAAUGCAGUCAAUGCUUCUUCCAGAUUAUGUUUGUGCAGCUAUUGAUCGAUUGAAUAGGAACUUUCUUUGGGGAACUCAAGGGGGUCUUGGGAUACGUUCGGCUAAGGAUAAUAAUCGGGCUUUAAUAGCAAAGCUCGGUUGGCAAUUGCUAUCUAACCCAGAGAAGCCAUGGUGCAGGGCUUUCAUUCAAAAAUACCUUCAGCGUGGAAGUUUUAUGUCCUGCAACAUCACCUCAACUUCCUCUGUUACGUGGAAGAGUAUUUUACGGUGUAGAGAUGUCUUACGGCUAGGCCUUCGGUGGAGAAUUGGCACUGGGGAAAAGAUCAGAUUCUGGCAGGAUGCUUGGGUCAGCGACCGGCCUUUGUUGGAUGCUGCUUUACUUCCAGUGCUCGAAGACCAGAUUGAUAUUCCUGUUUCUCAUGUAAUUAAGCAAGAUAGGACUUGGGAUUUUCAGGUACUGCAGCAACUUCUCCCAGAGUUGGUGGUUGAACAAAUCUCGGCUCUGCCAUUACCAUCUUUCGGACAUCAAGAGGAUGGAAUGUACUGGGCGGGCUCACAUACUGGAGUUUUUUCAGUAAAAACUGCCUUCCACUUGUUGCAAAAUCAGUCCAUUAAUAUCCAUACCCACUCACGGAAUUGGAGUUGGAUUUGGAAAUUGCAUUGUGUUGAGAAGAUAAAAAUGUUUAUGUGGCUUUUGUGGAGAGGAAGAUUAUUCACAAAUUCCCUUAGAUUCGAACGGCAUUUUGCAUCUUCACCCAUGUGUCCAAGAUGCGAACAAGAUCAGGAGACUCCAUUGCAUCUACUAAGAGAUUGCUAUUAUUCCCGGCUGGUAUGGGAAUCUACACCUUUGCCAGCAAACUUCUUUAACUUGGACUUAGAUGGCUGGCUUUACCAAAAUGCAACUUCCACUUCUUCAAUUGGAGAGUCUCGUCAGCUGUGGUCCACGUUGUUCCUAGCCCUCCUCUGGUACAUUUGGAAGAGUAGAAAUGCUUUGAUCUUUGAAGACAAGCGGCUUCCACCCCAAAUUGUGCUUCAACAGGCGACUUCCUUAGCUAUGAACACCAGAUUAGCACUGGCUACACAGAUUUCAAGCUGUCCUCGAGUCUCUCGUUGGGUACGAUGGUACCCUCCCGAUCUUCCUUUCUUUAAGCUAAAUACAGAUGGAGCCAUGAAUCAUGCUACAACGAAAGCGAGUGCUGGGGGAUUGAUUCGUGAUCAUGAAGGUCGUUGGGUCCAUGGUUUCUCUUUGAGCAUUGGGCAUCAAUCCAGUUUUAUGGCAGAGCUCUGGGGGUGCAGAGAGGGUUUGCGGAUGGCAUCUGAUCUCGAAAUCACCCAUUUGAUCCUGGAAAUGGAUUCGCUUCUAGUGGUUCACAUGCUGCAGGCAAAGAAAGGGGUGGAAGGCUUAGCUUGGACCCUAUUUUCUGACAUUCUCCAUCUUCUAAGAACGUUUUCUGAGUACCAAGUGCAGCAUACUUUUAGGGAGGGUAACUUUGCAGCAGAUUAUAUGGCUGCUAUUGGCCAAAACCUCUCUCAUGGUGUCACUAUGUUUCCAGAGCCUCCGGUCGGAAUUGCCAGCAUUCUUAAUAGGGAUGCCGUAGGGACGUUGUUCCCUCGGUCUUAGUUUUUCUGCUUUGUUUUAUCAACUCUUAUGUACCAAAAAAAAAAAAAUUUAAUCCACAUAAGUAUGCCACCUCAUCACGUUAAUAACUUAUUUAUUAUGUU